AGUUGCUCAACUUGCACAAGAAGAUGCCGUUGCUGGGGUGGAACUACGUUGGCGCGGUGGGCCUAGUGGUCGCUGCCGGCCUCUUUCGCAAGCAAGUUAUUGAGACGAUCUUGAAGCUCCUCAUGCGUGCGUUGUCGGCGCAGCGCUACAAGACCGCCAACGCCGCAAUCCGCGAGUUCGAGAAGCGCGUGUUGCUGCCGCUGUCGUGGGUCCUGUUUGUCGUGUCGAUCCUGGUUGCGAUCAAGUUUGUGUCGCUUGAUGACGUGAAGACGCUCAAUACGUUCGUGCUCAUGGUCCUGGGGGCUGCUGUCCUGUGGACCGUGUUUCAAUUCUGCGCCUUCCUCAACAUCGUCAUCAUUCGAUCCCAAGGAUGGGAGCGUUCAAGCAGCAAGGACGACUCGAGCAAGGCGAUGAUCGUGUCUGAAGGCAUCGGGAUGCUCAAAUAUGUGCUUGGCGCAGUGGUGUUUUACUACUUUUUCUUCAACCAGCUCGACUUCAGCACGACUGAGGUGUUUACGACGAUGGUGCUGCUCAUGGAAGUGCUCUUUGUGCUCAGCUCCCACACCUGGUUUCGCAACGUCAUGGGCGGGCUCGUGCUUCUCAUCGACGAGCCCAUCAAGAGCGGCAACCACGUCCAAGUGCUCGGGCACGCCGGCGUCGUCGAGCACAUGUACCUGCAGUACUUUACCCUUCGGCAAUACGAUAAGGGUCUGGCGUUCAUUCCGAACGGCGUCGUGUUUCACCACACGAUGGACGUCCACGCCAAGUCCCAACACAGCUGCUUCCGCAUCACCAUCCCUCUCUCGCCGGCCACGUCCGCCGCCGCCACGCGCGCGUUCGUGCGCGACGCCGACUGCUACCUCGCCGCCGCCGCUUCGUCUGCAAGAGGAGAAGCCGCGGCGCCUCUGUCCUCCGUGAGGGGGUUGCCCCCCCCCGACAAGCGCGCCAACCCAAAUUUUACCCUGGCAGUCAAAGCAUUGACUAGGUCGUCGUUGUUCUCCAAGCCGACGGCCGCCGCGUCCGCCAUCGACCCGCGGGGCCAUCUCGACAGCCCCAUCAAUCCAUCUCGAUUUUGGAUCGCGCUUACCGACUUGCACACGAUCGAAGUCGUGUAUUUCUUUGCACCCAACAUGAAAUUCCGCCACGUGGUGGAGCAAAAGCAAAAGUUGGUGCUUGGCGUGACCAAGCUGUUGGAAACAAACCAGUUGCAUCUCCGCGACGACGACGACAGACACCAUGACUUGCCAGACAUGAGUCAUGAACCAAUCCUCACGUCGUCGUCGUGUCCUGCGGCUGCUUCUUCCAUUGGAUUUAACCUGCAGUAUAAUACGCAGCCUUGCUCACCAUCACCACCUUCCCAGCCCCCUUGUUUGGCUGCUAACGACCCCAAAGACGACAUGAACACCCCCAUCAGCAUUCAGGCAAGCGAACGUCCGUCGUCGGUGCUUCACCGCCGCAGUGCCGCCACCUCCCAGUCGCCGUCAUCGUCCGUCGUUCCCACGACCCGCAAUAUCUCAUGACACUUUAUGAAACCAUCACCUCAAUCGCGAUCCAGCGAUGGUUGUCGUCGCUUGGUGUGGUUAAUGUAGGUGCUAGCUAGUAUAUUUUAACAUUAGUUGGUCAACACGACGCUACUACGUAGUACUAA